AUGGGUUUCAAUAACUACCCACCAGCUUACCUCAGUCAAGAAGCCAAAGGAAAUGCUUUACUUACUGGAGUGAAUUUUGCAUCUGCUGCUUCUGGUUACUAUGACAGGACAGCACAGCUCUAUCGCGCAGUUUCCUUGACAACACAGGUUCAGUAUUACAAGGAAUGGCAAAACAAAGUCGUGAGUAGGGUUGGAAAGGCCAAAGCAAACACAAUGUUCUCUGGAGGAAUACAUCUCUUAAGUGCCGGGAGCAGUGAUUUCAUCCAAAACUAUUACAUCAAUCCAUUGCUUAACAGAGUAUACACUCCGGAUCAGUUCUCAGACAUUCUCAUGAAAUCCUACUCCACUUUUGUACAGAAUCUCUAUGCUCUUGGUGCAAGGAGAAUUGGAGUCACAACUUUACCACCAACUGGGUGUUUGCCAGCAGCUAUUACACUAUUUGGAUCAGGAAGCAACUUGUGUGUUGCACGAAUGAACCAAGAUGCAAUCUCCUUCAAUAACAAACUCAACAGUACCUCACAGGAUCUGAAGAGCAAGCUUCCUGGCCUGAAACUUGUUGUAUUUGACAUCUACAAUCCCCUGUUGGACCUAAUCACAAGACCGGCUGAUAAUGGGUUCUUUGAAUCAAGGAGGGCUUGCUGCGGAACAGGAACAUUAGAAACAGCCUUCCUUUGCAACGCCAGGUCGGUAGGAACAUGCUCAAAUGCUACACAAUACGUGUUCUGGGAUGGUUUCCACCCUUCAGAGAAAGCUAAUGAAAAGUUGGCAGGCAGUCUACUCGCACAGGGUUUUGAUCUCAUUUCUUAG